AUAAUGUGAUUAUGUUAAGGCGCCAUUAAUGUCCAGCUGAAGAGUGGUGUCGCCGCCGCCUCCUUCCACCCGGGGUUACCACUCAAGUGUAACUUUUAUGAACUUUAUAUACAAUAUUUUAUAAAAAUUGCUGCGCAAAUAUAGAACACAAAGUGAACAUAAGAGUGGCAGCAGCAGCAGCGUCUACCUCUGUCAUAAUUAUACAAAGAAUUCACAAGAAGGCAACUCAAGUUGAAGACACUAAAGCGUCGUCAACAGGUAUGGGGGUCUCAGUGUCUUGGCGGACUCUGACAAGGAAGGACGUGCCAACAUGAAGGGUCCAACGUCAUCUACUCUGCUGCUGCUGCUGGCCAGUGUUUCGUUGGCCACUGUGGCCAGCGCUCUGGCUCAAGGCAGCUGCACGCCUCGUACAGGAGGCCGGGGCCGGUGUGUCGAAAUUCGCAGCUGCCCAAGCGUGCUGAGGACCUUCCGUCUCAUCCUUCCCGUAUUCUGUAACCACCGUGGAAGGUUUCUAGUUGUCUGCUGUCCUGCUGUAGGAGACGAUCAACCGGCGGCCACAGAGGACAUCUCUCCACCCAUAGUCAACUUUCAGUGUGGACAAAACAGGCAGCAAACCUUCAACUUAUUACUGAGAUCGUUUGCACAAGCUUCCAUCCUGCGGCCAGAAUCUGAGAGUAGUGAGGCUCCCGGGGGUGGCAUAGUGACCAGAGCCCAGAAGCCUCCAGGGCGCGCCGGGGUACCUCAGGACGCACUGGCCGUACAUUUGACCCCUCGGUCACUUGUACAGCGUCAGUCUCCCAAGGAAGCGGCGGCGGCGGCCUUGGAGCGUGACACCGCCUCACGGAUGGUGACGGGCGGCGUCAGGGCCACCAAGAACUCUUGGCCCUGGAUGGCGCUGCUGGGGGAGAGGAAUGGUGGGAGCAACACGUGGUUCUGUGCAGGAGUGUUGAUCAACGACCAGUGGGUACUCUCAGCUCUCCACUGCCUCACCCAAGCCACUAAAACAGUUCAAGUUGUUCGUCUCGGCGAACACGACUAUAAUGACGACAACGACGGAGCAGCUCACGAAGAUUUUGGCGUAGCGGAGUCCAUCUUGCAUCCCGAGUACUUGUUCCCACAGAGCUACCACGACCUGGCACUCAUCAAGCUGGACCGCAAGAUUGUCUUCAAG